AAAAAGAAUUGUUCCUCUCAUAAUGGAAGUGUUAAAAAGGCAAAAGAAGAAGAACCUCGAUGAAAAUUUGGAGCAGUGGCCUCAUCUGAACGAACUGCUUCAGUGCUACACCAGUGACUGGGUGAAAGAUGAGAGCAAGUAUGAGCAUUAUGAAAGUGUCAGUCCUCCUCACUUUAACGAUCAAAUAUUUGAGGGGCCUGAUACUGAUAUGGAGACUGAAAUGAACCUUGCAAAUGCAAGGCGAACCAAGGGUGAAGAUGCUACUGAUGAUGACACCCCAAGUACCUCUGAACGACAAUUUGCAGACUCUCAUGUUUCUCAGGUUUUGCUCUUUACUUUUUUAGCUGGCUAAACCAUACUGAUCCAUCUGAAGUAGUAUAAUUGGGAAUAUCUCCAGAUUGAAACUCUUUAUCAUCCGGAAUCAACUAUCAAAACAAAAACCAUUAUCAAUAGAGAUGCAGAAUACAUAUAUGGCAUAAUCAGUUAAUCACAUGUCAAGGACAUAAAGUACGAACAACUAAAAGACUCCCAAUUUUGUAAUCCAUCCUGCAAAAAAUGAAUACUGGAACAUUUU